AUGUUUGGAAAUCCUCAGAAUGGAAAGAAUAUACCAGAGAGGUUGUUGAAAAAAAAAUUCAGCGUCAUAGUUACUGGUGAUUGGAAUUUAGAUGAUCUACAUAACGAAUAUGAUUGGACAAAAUACUACGAACAAGAUAUCAGAGACGUUGGAG